UCAACAAAUUGUUGCUGUGCACCAUAGACUUAAAGCACUAUGGACAAUUAAAACCAAACAAUAAACAAAAAUACACACACACACACACUCGAUAUUAACCACAAAACGCAAAUCGACGCCGGAAGGCGCUAACCAACAACAACAACAACAAAACCAACAGCAACACAAAGCGAAAAAACAAAAGCAACAAAAUGCAGAGACUACAAAAGUUGAUCUGCAUCUGCAGCUGCAUCUUGAUCGGCAUCUGGGUUAGCCAAACGGAGGCGCUGGCGAAUUGCCCGCCCGGCUGCCAGUGCGAUGACAACACCUUGGUUGUGCAGUGCGGCGAGGGGCAGCUGGAUGUGCUGCCGAUAGCAUUGAAUCCAUCCAUACAGCGCCUGGUCAUCAAGAGCAACAAAAUCAAGACCAUCGACUCGUCCAUACAAUUCUAUGCGGAGCUGACGUUCUUGGAUCUAUCACAGAACCAUUUGAUGACCAUACCGCAGCGCACGUUUGCCUACCAAAAGAAACUGCAGGAGGUGCAUCUGAAUCACAAUAAAAUUGGCCAGAUUAGCAAUAAGACCUUCAUGGGUCUAUCUGCGGUAACUGUGCUCAAUUUGCGUGGCAAUCUCAUCUCGGAACUGCAUCAGGGCACAUUUUCGCCGUUGCUGAAAAUUGAGGAACUCAACUUGGGCGAGAAUCGCAUUGGAUUUAUAGAUCCCAAGGCUUUUGACGGUCUGAAACAGCUGCGCAUUUUGUAUUUGGAUGACAAUGCGUUGACCUCGGUGCCAGAUCCUGUCAUAUUCCAGGCCAUGCCCAGCUUGGCGGAACUAUUUCUGGGAAUGAACUCAUUGCUGACCAUACAAUCGGCCGCAUUCCAGGAUCUGAAGGGCCUGACACGCUUGGAGCUGAAGGGCGCCAGCUUGCAGAAUAUCUCGCAUGACAGUUUCCUGGGUCUGGAGGAGCUGCGCGUCUUGGAUCUUUCCGACAACCGCCUGCCGCGCAUUCCGUCCGUAGGUCUCAGUCACUUGGUGCGCCUGGAACAACUGUCGUUGGGCCAAAACGAUUUCGAGCUGAUCAGCGAGGGCGCCUUUGUGGGUCUGAAGCAGCUAAAACGACUGGACAUCAAUGGUGCUCUUAAACUAAAGCGUGUAAUGACCGGCGCCUUUGCGGCCAAUGGAAAUCUGGAGUAUCUUAAUUUGUCCUCCAAUAAAAUGCUUGUGGAGGUGCAGGAGGGUGCACUCAGUGGAUUGCCGCAUCUGCGUCAUGUCGUGCUGAAAGCGAAUGCCUUGACUUCACUGGCUGAAGGUCUAUUCCCAUGGAAGGACUUGACCACAUUGGAUCUAUCCGAGAAUCCCUUGUCCUGCGAUUGUCGCGUCAUGUGGCUGCGCAAUCUGUUGAUAGCCAAGAAUGCCAGCCAGGAGGAUCAGCUGACGGAGCUGCUUUGUGAGUUUCCCGAACGUCUGCGUGGCGAGGCACUGAAACACCUGAAUCCCACGCUCAUGGGCUGCACACACACCGAUCCACGCAAACAGGCGCUGAUUGGUGCUCUACUGGUGGGCUCUGCUGCAACGAUUACCGCCUUGGCCCUGGUCUUGUAUCGCUGCCGUCAUAAGAUCCGCGAGUAUCUCAAGGGCGGAGUCUGGGGCAAUUCGGCGUUGGGCCGCAAGGAGCGCGAAUAUCAGAAGACCUUUUGCGAUGAGGACUAUAUGUCGCGUCUGCAGCAUCAUCCCUGCUCGCUGGGCAUUCACUCAACCUUCCCGAACACCUACACGGCGCCACAUCAGACAACUGCAUCUGCUCCGCAUCAUCACUAUGGCAUGUGCCCGAUGCCCAUCAAUGAUUUGAAUGCUGUCGAUGGCCAGCACAAGUUCCAGCAGCUGCAGGUACCCAUAACGGCCACAUUGAUGCAUGAGAAGAAACUGAACAACAACAAGAGCUUGGCGGGCAGCGUCGAUGAUAGCGCCAGCUUUGUGCUGCACAUGAAGACAGCCACAAUGGGGCGUGAACAGCAGCAGGCGCAACUGCAACAGCAACAUCAGCUGCAACAACAACAGCUGCAGCAACAGCAUCCACACCAGUCCAAGCUCAAUCACUAUACAAAGCCGCAGUUUCUGGCUGCCACCGCCACCGUGGCCGAUUCCUGCUACUCGUAUGCGGAUGUGCCCAUGGUGCAUGCACCGCAGCAGCUGCGCGUCACCCACGAACACUUCAAGCAACGCGAGCAACGUGAGCCGCGCGACUUUGAAGCCGAUGCAAUUAACGGCGAAAUGAUGGAUCCCAAUUACAUCUACAGCAAUGCCCACUAUUCGCUGCCAUUGGAGCAGAUGGGGCGCAACAAGACGCCGACCCCGCCGCCGGUGCCGCCAGCGUUGCCUCUGCGGAAUGGCCUCUGUGCCACCACCGGACGUCGCUCCUUUCAGCAAAAGACGCCAGCACACAACAAUAAUAUGAGCACUAUGCGCCAGUUUACGCACUGAUCCUCGGAGCAUUAUCGUCGCAGGCAGCUGAGCAUUUAUGCUUAGUCGUUCGUGUCGUUGUCAACUGUGAUGCCAAAAUUUGUAAAACCUCCCCGUCCCCCGUCCCCCUCCUCCACACAACUUGCACUUAAAAUAUGAAAAAAUUGUAGUAGCAGAGCACAUAAGAUACUAAAGCGCUGAGUUUACACGUGUCAGUUGAGAGUUAAGAAUUUGUCUAUCAAAUUUCAAUAUCGAAUCAUAUUAUUCAGCUCCAGUUAUAUGAAAUUCUAAUAGUCUUAAUACGAUAUAAAUUAACGAAUAUUUUAACAAAUAUCUGACAACUGUAAGCCGCAGUUUACACGUGUCUGUUAAUUGAAAGAGUUUAUUUUUUUUCGAGUAUGCCAUGAAAAAUAUUUGAAUUUCAUUAACCAGAUAAUUGGCACGUGUAAGCGCUGUUUAAAAACAUAAAACUUAAAAAAAAAAAACAAAAAAAAAACAAGACAAGAACUAAACUUGAAAGAAACUUUUAUUGUUCUGUACAUAAGCACCAAAACUCAAAUGCGAUCUCUAGCACCUAACUACUUACUGUCUUUCUACUACUAUUUUUUCAUCAACAAAUUGUAUUUAAUUAGACCGUAAGCACUAGUCUUAAGCCAUUAAUUGUACAUUAAUUUAAAAACAAAAAAAGCACUGAGAGUCACUUGUAAGUUUAAUUUAAAUUAUUUGAACAAAAAUUAUCAACAAGAAAAACCCUAUUUGUAAGCUAUGACUAUGUAUUUAUUAGUUAGUGAAAAAAUUUAUGCAAAUUUAAGCAAAUAUCGUAAAA